ACCCGCAGCAGCACCAAAUAAAACUCCCACUUGGGGUUCAAAGAAAACCAAACGUAACGUCCGCUUAAAUCUAAAAGACAUCAUGACUAAUCCUGAAAUUGAAGAACAAUUGGCUCCAUUGCGUGCUGCCGUCCAAGAGCAGGGCAAUUUGGUGCGCGAACUCAAGGCAAAUGGUGCCGCUGAAAUUGAUGUGAAAAAGGCUGUGGCCGAAUUGAAGCUGAGGAAAAAGGUACUCGAAGACAAGGAGCUGGAAUUGACCCCCACUGUGGUGACAUUUGAUCGUUCAAAAAUGGAAGAUCUGCUCAAACGUCGUUUCUUCUAUGAUCAAAGUUUUGCCAUUUAUGGUGGCAUCACCGGCCAAUAUGAUUUCGGACCCAUGGGUUGUGCCCUAAAAUCGAAUAUUUUGAGUUUAUGGCGUCAAUUCUUUAGCCUCGAGGAACAAAUGUUGGAAGUGGAUUGCUCCAUUCUAACACCCGAACCUGUACUCAAGGCUUCCGGUCACGUGGAUCGUUUUGCCGAUUUGAUGGUGAAGGAUGUUAAAACCGGUGAAUGUUUCCGUUUGGAUCAUUUAAUUAAAAAUGCCUUGGAAAAAUUGUCACGUGAAAAAACUGCCACUGCUGAGUUGAAGGCUGAAUGUGAAGAUAUUUGCAUUAAAUUAGAUGGCAUGAACAAACAAGAAAUGGCUGAUGUUUUGACGAAAUAUAAUAUCAAAUCUCCCCUAACCGGCAACGAUUUGACCGAACCCAUUGAAUUUAAUUUGAUGUUUGCCACCCAAAUCGGCCCCACUGGCUUAGUCAAGGGUUUCCUACGUCCCGAAACUGCCCAAGGUAUCUUCGUGAACUUUAAACGCCUGCUGGAAUUCAAUCAGGGUAAAUUACCCUUUGCUGUGGCCCAAAUUGGCAAUUCAUUCCGUAAUGAAAUUUCACCACGUUCCGGUUUGAUUCGUGUGCGUGAAUUCACCAUGGCUGAAAUUGAACAUUUCUGUGAUCCCACGCAAAAGGAUCAUCCCAAGUUUGAGACCAUUGCCGAUACAGAAAUGACCUUGUACUCCGCCUGUAAUCAAAUGGAUGGUAAAUCAGCCCAAAAGAUACGCAUUGGAGAUGCUGUCAAGACUGGUUUGGUGGCCAAUGAAACAUUGGGCUAUUACAUGGCCAGGAUUCAUCAAUUCCUUCUGACCAUUGGCAUUAAGACGGAAUGUUUGCGUUUCCGCCAACACAUGAGCAAUGAAAUGGCCCAUUAUGCCUGUGACUGUUGGGAUGCUGAGUGUUUGACCAGUUACGGUUGGGUUGAGUGUGUUGGUUGUGCUGAUCGUUCGGCCUAUGAUUUGAGCCAGCAUAUGGCUGCCACUGGUGUCCGUUUGGUGGCUGAAAAACGUUUGCCAGCUCCCAAGACCGUUGAGGUAUCUGAAAUCGUGCCCAACAAACAAACUUUGGGUAAGACCUUCAAAAAGGAUGCCAAGGCCAUUACCGAUGCUUUGGCAAAAUUGUCCUUGGACGAUGUCAAGAGCGUGGAGCAACAAUUAAAUGAUGCCAAGGAAUACACUUUGAAAACUGAUGAAGGUGCUGAAUUCAAAUUGACACCCGACACCAUUUCCGUAAAGCACUCCACUAAGACGGUACAUGUUGAAGAAAUCAUUCCAAGUGUUGUGGAACCAUCCUUCGGUAUUGGUCGUAUUAUGUAUGCCCUUCUGGAACAGAACUUUAUGUGUCGUGAUGGUGAUGAACAACGUUGUUACUUUACCCUGCCAUCAGUGGUGGCACCACUGAAAUGUUCCAUUUUGCCUUUAUCCAAUAAUGCUGAAUUCCAACCUUAUACACGCCAAUUAUCCUCGGCUUUGACCAAGGCUGAAUUGUCUCACAAAGUUGAUGAUUCCAGUGGUUCAAUUGGUCGUCGUUAUGCCCGUACCGAUGAAAUUGCCAUACCAUUUGGUAUCACCGUUGAUUUUGAUACCCUCAAGGAGCCACACACUGUCACGUUGAGAGAUCGCAACACCAUGAAACAGGUUCGUGUUGACAUCAACGAAGUGAUUGAUGUUGUCAAGGAUCUAUCGACUGGCCGAAUGCAAUGGUCACAAGUUUUGGAGAAAUAUCCAUUGUUCGAACAGCAAGAGGCUACCACUAAGUAA